GAAUUGUUCAAAUAAGAAGUCAAACUUUGUCCCUCACUCCAACAAGUAAUGAAUUGCUCAAAAAAUAAGAAUUUGUUGAAAUAUAAUUGAAUUAGUCAUCUUCCUACUAUUCCUGAUUAGGAAUUAUUAUCACCAUUAUAUAAAUAAUUAGGAAAUCAUAAUUAUGAUUUCAAGGUGAUAAAUGUGUGGCUCACAAUGAUCUCCUAAUCUCAUUGAGCUCACACUUUCUCCUAUAAAUAGGAGUCAUUCUCAUUGUAAUUAACAUACUAAGAUUACAACAUUAUCACACUUCUAAUAACAUCUUUCUCACUAAGUAUUCAUACUAUAAUUUCUCUCCCUGAUCUUCUGCUUAUUUCCUUCCAUAUUAUAACACGUUAUCAGCACGAAUUUGCUCCAAAUCCUUGAAAUCAUCAUCUUCCCAGCAGGUAUAUUUUUUCAGGAAUUUAUCAGUUCAUCUGAAAAGAAAAUAAGAGGUUGAGAAGUAUGAGCAUGUUUGAAUAUAUUCAAAACUAUAAGAAGUAUGCUCUAUGGUUGCCUAAUCAUUGGGAUCCUCCAUAUCAGAAAAUUAUAGCUAUAUUUAUAUACUGCGUAUAUAGAAAAGGGUUGAAGUGCGUAUAUGGAAAAGGAUUGAAGAUUUAAAUACCUUAACUCGAUCCAAACAGUUUCUUUAUGGAUCUUCCCUUGUCAAAUAAUUUUUUUUAAUUUUCUCUCCGGAAAAAUGAAAAAGAUAACUAGAUAAGUAUAAACUCAGAUUCAAAUAUACUUUUGUAUGAGAUAUAUAAUUAAAAUUAAUACAUGAAGUAUACACGCAUAUCUCAACUAAUAACUCAACUAAUAAGAGAGAUAGAGUAAGUACUUAUUCUGCUAAAUUGCUCUUUGUAUUUAUGAGCCACCAAAGACCAUAUAUUUUAUGAGCAGGAGAGACUAUGAGCAUACGAAAUAAAAAAAAAUGUAAUACUGGUAAAUAAAUAGAAGAGAUGAUGGGGAAAGAGUAGAAGUGGUUAAAUGUGAAGAGAGAGAGAAACUUACGGAUUUAAUGAAAACCCAGAGAAAAGAGUUGAACUCUUAAAAUAAUACUCUAGCUACACUGCAUAUUUUUUUACCAAAGACCUAUCAUAAAUACCAAGAAGAAUAGUCUAGAUAUUUUAAGAGGCAUCAAAAGACAAUACAUUUAAUGCUAUGAGUUGUACACUUUGGUACUGAACAAUAAUGCAUUAUACUUCACUGAAUGAGCUAGCUGCAAGAUUUUUGUUUGUUUGUUUGGAGUUACCUAAAGAGAUAAGGCAAAGUCACCCACUGUAAAACACAUUGAUUAUACAUAUGUACGUUGAUGAUAUAUAGAGUAUAUAUAGAGUAUAUACUCAAGCUAUGAAUUGAUGAGUACCUUUAGUAAAUAAAACCCAUCACAGUUUAUUUAAUACAUGCACUACCACACAACCUAUAAUCUACUCCGUAGCAAUUAAUAAGAAGUACAAGUAUGUACUACGUACUAUAUGUACUAAAUUACUUCAUUCGUUUGUCAAAAGUAUAAUCACAGUGGAGUACCUCACUUUUGGUAUAUUUUUCUCCUUCAUAUAUAUAUAUAUAUCAUCCCAACUCAUCAGUCUAUGGUUUCCAUAUAAAUUAAAAUAAUUUUCCAAACUCAUAGUAAAACUUACCAUCGUUGCAGCGCACGAAAGGUAAGAAAGAAAAUGGCCUGGAUACAGAAUACAAAGAAAAAUGAACAAAUAGUGCUCUUUGUCUAUAUAUCAAUCAAAGUUACAAGUGAAAGUUACUGACUUACAGGCUAUAUAUCAAUCAAAUUGAAAAUAAUACAGUACUACGUAAUAAGCUUCGAUUGACAAUUUGUUUUAUCGUACGGGAGUAUAUUUUAAAAUAAAAUUUGUUGUAUGCAAUUUUUAUUUAGAGUGCUUAUUUGUAAUUUAAAAUUUAUGCACUUCUAAAUGUACUAUUGAAUAAUGUACAAUUUAUAUUACAAUAUUGAACUAAUGUUUGUUCAUUUUUAUCUUCGCGAAGAUAUGAAGUUAACUAAAAUUUCUCCAAGUGGCUCUGAACAAUGUCUAAUAGACAGUGCCACAACGCACACCAUUUUGAGACAUAGAGAUUAUUUUUCUCAUAUGACAUUAGUUGAUGCUAAUGUCAAUACAAUCUCAGGUGUUGCUAAACUCAUUGAAGGUUCUGGAAUAGCCUGUGUGAUUCUCCCAAAAGGGACAAAAUUAAUAAUUAAAGACGCUUUAUACUCCAGUAAAUCACGGAGAAAUCUUUUGAGCUUUAAAGAUUUGCGUCUAAAUGGUUUUCAUAUUGAAACCAUGUCUGAAAAUCAGAAGGAAUAUUUAUGUCUAACGACAAAUAGAUCUGGCAAUAAAUACAUUUCUGAAAAAAUGCCAGCAUAUUCCUCGGGACUGUAUUAUACAUAUAUCAGUCCAAUUGAGAUAAAUGUGGUAUCUAAAAUUUAUGACCACAAUUCCUUUAUCUUGUGGCAUGACCGUUUAGGUCAUCCAGGCAGCACUAUGAUGCACAAAAUUAUUGAAAAUUCACGUGGACAUUCAUUAACUAAUGUCAAGAUUCCACAAUCAAGUAAUUUUCCGUGCACUGCCUGUUCUCUUGGCAAAUUAAUUAUCAGGCCAUCUUUAUACAAAAUUGGAGUUGAAUCUCCUGCAUUUUUAGAAAGAAUUCAAGGAGAUAUUUGUGGGCCAAUUACCCCUCCGUGUGGACCGUUUCGAUAUUUUAUGGUGCUCAUUGAUGCAUCAACACGUUGGUCACAUGUCAGUCUUUUAUCGACUAGAAAUUUUGCAUUUGCAAAUCUCCUUGCUCAAAUUAUUCGUUUGAGAUCACAAUUUCCGGAUUAUUCGAUAAAGAAAAUCCGACUUGAUAAUGCAGGAGAAUUUACAUCCCAAUCUUUUAAUGACUAUUGCAUGUCAAUUGGGAUUGAUGUGGAACAUCCAGUUCCACAUGUACAUACACAAAAUGGUCUUGCCGAAUCCUUAAUUAAGCGAUUACAAUUAAUUGCUAGACCAUUAUUGAUGAAAUCCAGAUUACCAUCAUCUGCAUGGGGAUAUGCUAUAAUGCAUGCUGCAAAUUUAAUUCGGCUUAGGCCAACGACAUAUCAUAAAUUUUCCCCAUUACAAUUAAUAUCUGGUAAAGAACCAAAUAUAUCACACCUAAAAAUAUUUGGUUGUUCUGUGUAUGUACCAAUUGCUCCACCUUAUCGUACUAAAAUGGGUCCUCAAAGAAGGCUGGGAAUUUAUGUUGGUUUUAAAUCACCCUCAAUUAUUAAUUAUCUAGAACCUAUGACCGGUGACUUAUUCACCGCGCGGUUCGAUGACUGUCAUUUUGAUGAGACAAUAUUCCCAGCCUUAGGGGGAGAUAUUAAAGAAAUGGACCCACGUACGAAAGAUAUUACUUGGAAUGCAACAAAUUUAUCUUUUCUUGAUUCUCGCACAAAUGCUUGUGAACAAGAAAUUCAAAAGAUUAUUCAUUUACAAAAUGUUGCAAACCAAUUGCCUGAUGCUUUCACAGACUCAAAGAAAGUAACAAAGUCACAUGUUCCAGCUAUGAAUGCUCCUUCUCGAAUAGAAAUUCCUGCGGAGAUUAGCGAAAGAACACUUGCUAAUGAAUCUAUGAUACGUAAAAAACGUGGUAGACCACUUGGUUCAAGAGAUUUGAAACCAAGAAAGUUUAAACAGCAAGUUGUAGUUUGUGAUGCCAAAGAAGUUCAACCUUCUCAAGAAGAAAAUGAACAUUUUGAAAAUAUCGGCCUUGAAGAUAACAUCAAUAAUAAUGAUACCUCAAAAGAGGAUCCAAUCACCUUCGAAGAGGUAAAUAUUCCAGAUAAAGAUAGAAACGUCGAUAAUUUUGAAAUUUCAAUUAAUUACGUUUCUAAUGGAAUACAAUGGAAUAGAAAUGAUAUUGAUAUUAAUGAUAUAUUUUCAUAUGCCAUCGCCACAGAUAUAAUGAAUGAACACGAUGACAAUGAGCCUAAAUCUAUUGACGAAUGUCGUCGUAGAAAUGAUUGGCCAAAAUGGAAUGAAGCAAUUCAGGUAGAAUUAAAAUCGCUAGAAAAGCGUAAUGUUUUUGGACCAAUUGUCCAUACGCCAAAAGGCGUAAAACCUGUCGGUUUUAAAUGGGUUUUUGUGCGUAAACGCAACGAGAAAAAUGAAAUCGUUAGAUACAAAGCCCGACUUGUUGCCCAAGGUUUUUCUCAAAUGCCAGGAAUCGAUUAUGAUGAGACGUAUUCUCCAGUAGUUGAUGCUACAACUUUAAGAUUUUUAAUUGGCAUGUCUGUUUUUGAAAGGCUGCAAAUGCGCCUAAUGAAUGUGGUGACCGCAUAUUUAUACGGUUCACUCGAUACAGACAUAUAUAUGAGAAUUCCUGGAGGCUUUAAAAUACCUGAUGCUUAUAGCUCGAAAUCUCGAGAUUUAUUUUCCAUAAAAUUGCAAAAGUCAUUAUAUGGAUUAAAACAAUCUGGACGCAUGUGGUAUAACCGUCUCAGUGAAUAUUUGAUUAAAGAAGGGUAUAAAAAUGAUCCUAUUAGUCCAUGUGUUUUCAUUCAGCGAUCCGAAUCGGGAUUCGCCAUAAUUGCAGUAUAUGUUGAUGAUUUGAAUAUAAUCGGAACUCCUAAUGAAAUUGAAAAUACUGCAAAAUAUCUCAUGAAAGAAUUUGAAAUGAAAGACCUUGGGAGAACAAAAUUUUGUCUCGGCAUUCAAAUUGAACAUUUGAGAAAUGGUAUUUUCAUCCACCAAUCAAAUUAUACCGAGAAACUUUUGAAGCGAUUUUACAUGGAUAAAGCACAUCCACUCAAUUCUCCAAUGGUGGUUCGAUCUCUCAAUGUGCAUGAUGAUCCUUUCCGACCUUGUGAAGAUGAUGAAGAAAUCCUUGGUCCCGAAAUACCAUAUUUGAGUGCUAUUGGAGCAUUAAUGUAUUUGGCUAAUAAUACUCGACCAGAUAUUGCUUUUUCUGUAAAUUUAUUAGCCAGGUACAGUUCUUCCCCAACAAGAAGGCAUUGGAAUGGUGUCAAACAUAUAUUCCGAUAUCUCAAUGGUACAAUCGAUCUUGGAUUGUAUUUCAAGAAUGGUGCAAAUGCCACUUUAAUUGGCUACGCGGAUGCAGGAUACUUGUCUGAUCCACAAAAGGCAAAAUCACAAACAGGAUAUUUAUUCACCUAUGGUGAUACCGCUAUAUCAUGGAGAUCAAUGAAGCAAACAUUAACUGCAACAUCAUCAAAUCAUGCAGAAUUAAUUGCUCUUUAUGAAGCAGGUCGUGAGUGUGUCUGGUUGAGAUCAAUGAUCCAGCACAUACAAAAUGAAUGUGGUAUAAAAUCUUUUACUUCUAAUCCUACUGUGAUUUAUGAAGAUAAUACAGCAUGUAUAGCUCAGAUCAAAGGAGGUUACAUCAAAGGGGACAGAACAAAGCAUAUAGCACCAAAACUUUUCUCCACACAUGAUCUUGAGAAAGACGGAACGGUUGAUGUCAAACAAAUCAAGUCAUGCGACAACCCUGCUGAUUUGUUCACAAAGUCAUUGGCACCGAAGAAAUUUGAAGAACUGGUCCAUAAAAUUGGAAUGUAUCGUCUUCGAGAUAUAUGUUAAAUUGAGGGGGAGUAAUAUAAUGCACUGCACUCUUUUUCCCUUCGUCAGGUUUUUAUCCCACUGGGUUUUUCUUGACAAAGGUUUUUAACGAGACAGUACAUUAUAAUACUAUGAAACUAAUACCCCAGAAUAAUUAGAAGAUGACCAUUCAAGGGGGAGUGUUGAAAUAUAAUUGAAUUAGUCAUCUUCCUACUAUUCCUGAUUAGGAAUUAUUAUCACCAUUAUAUAAAUAAUUAGGAAAUCAUAAUUAUGAUUUCAAGGUGAUAAAUGUGUGGCUCACAAUGAUCUCCUAAUCUCAUUGAGCUCACACUUUCUCCUAUAAAUAGGAGUCAUUCUCAUUGUAAUUAACAUACUAAGAUUACAACAUUAUCACACUUCUAAUAACAUCUUUCUCACUAAGUAUUCAUACUAUAAUUUCUCUCCCUGAUCUUCUGCUUAUUUCCUUCCAUAU